AACAGCUUCGCGUUCGCGACAACACCGAAUAUGCGAUGCUCAUUUUUCGGCUGGGCAGACUCCUGAGCACGAGGUCGAAAAUGACGCGAAUACCGCCGCGUAAUCCGCUAAUCGCCAUUAUCGGCGCAACGGGCACAGGAAAAUCGCAAUUGGCAGUUGAGAUUGCAAAGCGCUACAAUGGCGAAAUCAUCAAUGGCGAUGCGAUGCAACUCUAUGAGGGUCUCCCCAUAAUCACGAACAAGAUCACGCUUCAAGAACAAGAAGGAAUACCACACCACUUGCUGGGAUGCAUAGGAUUGCAAGAGCAGACGUGGGUCGUGGGCACCUUCGUGCGCAAGGCCCUCGAAGUUAUCGCGGAGAUCAGGUCGCGAGGGAGACUACCUAUUCUAGUUGGAGGGACACAUUACUAUACCCAGAGCUUGCUCUUCAAAGACCGUUUGGCUGAAAGCGAUAAAGCGCAAGAGGAGCGCGAGUUCGUCGCGGACACGUCGGAUAAGUGGCCAAUGUUGAAGGAGUCAACGGAAGUCUUGCUGGAGAAGCUGAAGAAAAUCGAUCCUAUCAUGGCCGACAGGUGGCAUCCAAAUGAUAGGCGGAAGAUUCAGCGAAGUCUCGAAAUCUACAUGCAGACUGGGCAGAGAGCUUCGGACAUUUACGCUGAACAGCGAUCCGAGCAGGCUAUGGAACGAUCGGAGAUGCGGUUUCCCACUUUGCUGUACUGGGUGCAUGCUGAACAGCAGAUUCUUCGAACUCGCCUCGAUGCACGAGUCGACAAAAUGCUGGCCCAGGGUCUCCUUGAUGAAGUGGAGACCCUCGAUACUGUCGCCAAGGGAGAGAGGGUCAAAGGCAUGUCUAUCGACAAAACCAAGGGCAUAUGGGUCAGCAUCGGCUACAAGGAAUUCAUCGACUACGUGCACGCACGACGCAACGCAGAAGCGGAUGCGCAUGAUUUGCUCAAGCUACAUGCCGCGUGUCUUGAGCAAACGAAAGCAGCUACGCGGCAGUACUCGAAACGUCAAGUUCGAUGGAUCAGGAUCAAAUUGGUGAACGCGCUUGCGGAUGUUCACGCGAUCGAGAAUCUGUAUCUCCUAGAUGGCUCAGACGUGAGCAGGUUUGAAGACACUGUGGUCCAGCCGGCCUUGGGUCUCACAGGUCAAUUUUUGCGCGCCGAGGACAUGCCUGCGCCUGCCUUGCUGUCUGCUGUUGCUGCCGAACAGCUUCAGCCGAAACGCGACGAUCUGGCAUCGAAGCCUGAGGAAUGGGCAAAGCAUCGCUCUUCUUAUGCCGCCAAUAUGCUCCAUUGCCCAUGGAUGCCCGCCGGAAAGAGCAAGAACGCAUGAACACCAUUCUCAGCUCUGUCUAGCUAGCUAGCUAGCUCAAUGGAUGCAUUCAAUAAAACAAAGGCUUCUAGACCUCACGACGUGAUUACAAUGGAUGAGAAAUCGAGUGAGAAAUUGCAGGAAAAAAUACAGACUUCUAAAACCAUAAGGUAUCAAGAAGUGCCUGUACUUGUUGGUGGAGUUCACUCUAUCUUCGCAUUUGUGCAAGAGUUUCUUUUUGGUCAAAAAAUAGCGAGAUGUGGGUGAAUUUUCUUUUGGAAAUAACCAUCAGUUUCGAAUUUUAGUAUAGUUGAUGCACUCAUGCUCUUUUAUGUACAAAGUGUCGAUUUGACUCCUUCCCAUGCUCUCUCGUGUCCCUUCAUUUCUUUUUCCAAAGAGGAACGUCUGGGUAUCUCAUAUGCAAAACUUCGGCAAUGGUCGAAAUAUGUAAAAUCACUCGCUCGCUCGCUCCGCGGUCAUCAGCCUCAUCACUUCGCCGAAGCAUCUUUCGCAUCUUUUGCUUCUCGCUGUCUCUUCAUCCUCUCUUCUGCUGCUCGUGCGAUGAUCUCUCUUCUGCUGAGAGGCUCGGCAGAAGGGCCCGCAGUACUGCUCGAAGCCGAUGCCCCGAGAACAUACUCGCCACCUUCCCAGCCACCAUGAUCUGCUUCUUCGUCUUCACCGUCAUCUUCGGGGUUAAAGAACUCUUCGCCACCGAUUGAAUGUCCACCGCGUCGCCAAUCGUUCUUUUCGACUUCGGCUUCGAUUUCACGACAGAGCUUCCAAAAGCGUUGAUCGUGGUCGCCCCAGACAUUGUGUGUCAGUUCGUGGCAGAGUGUCUUUCGAAUGACCUUGUAGUCGCGAUAGCCAUCGUAGGCAUCCGUUCGCAGUCGUAAUUCGAUAACCUCGCCACGAUUGCGAUUGAGACCGAGGGUUCGCGAUUCAUGAGUGGUGUGUUCAGCAGGAUUCAUCUCCGUCAAUAGUCCGACCGAGAAGCCGUGAUUGCGCAUAGCUGCCUUUAUGCCAGCAUCGUCUGCCAAUCGCUCCAGAAACCGCUGACUCUUCUCAGGAUUCGGAAGGUAGUCAAGAGGCUUGAUCAUGUGAAAAGUAUAUCGCGCAUCAUCCUGGACCUUCUUCCAAUCACGACUCCUGUUGGCCUUGACUUUGCGAGCGGCUUGUAGUGCUGCUUUUCUUCGGCCCAUCCUCGCCUUGCGCUCUGCGAUAUCGCUUUCCAGCUCUUGCACCUCUGCCGUAGUCGCGCCCAUCAGCACGAUCUUCUUGUUCUUGAUGGAAGAAAUGAGGAGACCGGGAUCCUUGAAAGGCGGCUUGAGCAGUCCUGUCUUGGGUGUGAUGAGGAGCUUCUGAUGAGCUGGUGGUAUGCUUAGGUCUUCGGCAAUCUGGUCUGAAAGAUCUUGUAUUGUCGCAUCGUCGGCAUAGACGGGGAUAGAGGCCGGCUUGCCAUGUAGCUGUACGGUGAGGCUGUAUAGCGGCUCAGGUGUCACCUCGUCCUCGAUCUCCGAAGCAUUCUGACAUUCGCUCAAAUGCGACGCACUCGCACUCGUCGACGAAGACGCUGUAUCGUCCACAUCCUUUUGCGACUCUGUGGGAAAAGUGCAGGGCCGGAUGUCGUCGCUCGACAUGGUCCUUAAACACUUUCUGGCCUCCGGGCAGCGCAUGCGUUUGUGUUUGGGUGGUGUAGUGAAUGUUGACGUCGUUGAUAGACGGGGGCAAGUCGAUCGAGCGAUGUGGCGAAUGGUAAGAAGAGGCUUUAUACCUGUCUGUUAGACUACUAGAAGAUACAUAUGUAUGUGCAUGGCGAAUUCGCAAAGAAUAGCUUUGAUAAUAAUGACAAUUGCCG